CAAAUUCUGAAUUUGAUUUUGAAGAGGCGGGUGAAGGCGGGAGCUCGAAUCGCCCCAAACCACUUCCAGGCGGGAAUUAUAUAUAGUCUACACCCGGCCCAAAAGAGAGAGAGAGAGAGGAGGAGGAGGAGAUGCUCGAGGUGGAGGACGAUGCCAGUUUCCUCUCUUUGGUCGAAGCGGCCGAGGCGGAAGCCUUGGGGGCAGAUAAGGCCAAGCGCCGGAAGGUCUCGACCGACGGCCCGCCCCCUCUCCUAUCGGCCGAGGAGGGCUCCUACAUGGCCGCCCUCAGAGGCAGCCGCAGCUCCCUCUGGCAGCAGCAGCAGCAGGAACUGAAGUUCCAACAGAAGAAGAACGACAGCGGCGGCCUCCGCCUCGGUGGCAACCCCUCCGCCUUCUCGCCCUCUUCGAAUGGCAACGCCUGCUUCAACUGCGGCAUGGCCGGCCACUGGGCCAGGGACUGCACCGCUGGGAGCGGGCGAGAGGGAGAAGGGCCACACGCCCGCCGGGUGGCUUUUGUUGGCGGAGAGGACGGGGAAGUGCCGGAGAAGGCGUGUCCUUGUGGGGCUGGAAGCUGUCUGGUUCUGACCUCAAAUACUGUCAAGAACCCUGGGCGCAAGUUCUACAGGUGUCCUGUUAAGGAGGAAAAUGGAGGCUGCAAUUUUUUUGAGUGGUGCGAUGAUCCAUCAUCAAGUAUUCCUUCUUCUCGAAGUGUUUUGAAUCAACGAUCCAGUUUAUCAGUUCCAGACCUUCUGUGUCCAUGUGGGGCUGGGUCUUGCCUGGUUUUGGUAACAAAAACUGGUGCAAAUGUAGGCAGGCAGUACUACCGUUGCCCAGUUGAUGAGGGAAGAGGUUCUUGUGGCUUUUUUAAAUGGUGCAAUGAGCAUGUCUCUGCAGCCAGUCAACCUGCAACUGCUUCAAGAUAUUAUGGUGUCAAGAACAACUCAGGAAGCCAAACUAAUGGUGAGAAGAGCAGCUCAUCUUGUUUUAAAUGCGGGCAAGAAGGCCAUUGGUCCAGGGAGUGCCCCAAACAGUCAUUGGAUAACUAUGCAAGCAUAGGGAGAACUCAUUUUGUGUCCUCAGGCUCUGGUACCUGCUUCAGAUGUGGUAAGACUGGUCACUGGGCUCGAGAAUGCCCUGCCCAAGAUGCUGGUGUGAGUGCUGGCAGUAAAAGAACUUCAAUUACUUCCCGCACUCCUUAUACUUCUAGCUGUAAAUAGUAUGAUAUAUCGAAGUCAGUCUAGUCUUGAGCAUAACUGAAAAUCUGCAGCUGAUGUGAGCAUCUAUCUCCAACUACUCAUACAUUUCUAUAAUUCUGUGCUUAUAUUCCUAUGCUUUUCUAGCUUUUGUUAUAUGAUCCAGAUUUACUGCCA